AUGGUCUCCCAGGACUGGCAGGCUCUCAUCGACGAAAAGAGAGCCCAGCGCGAAGCAUUGAUUCCGUCCAAAUGGAGGAUCCCCGGGUACGUGGCCGACAAAGUCUCUCCCACCGCGUCCGUCAGUGCUUUUGAGCUCCUGGAGGAGACGGACAUUCUGUCCAAGGAGGAGCGUGAGAUCACCGAACUCCACGAUGCAACGGCCCUCCUCGAGCUGCUCGCAGCAGGGAAGGUUUCGUCACUCGCCGUGACGACGGCGUUUUGUAAGCGGGCGGCUAUUGCGCAGCAGCUGGUAUUUGACUUUCUGUUUCCUUGUGCUACCAAGCGACAUGGGUGA